UCAUUCAAUAAACCAAAAUUAAACUGUUGUUUCUUUGAUCAGAAAAUAGAGAAAUUAAACCAUGUCCUCUUUUCCACCCCGCGGUAUGGCCCCAAACUUCGAUGAGAGUCAAUGGAUUAUUCAAAUCCGUCGAACACUUGAUGAAGAACUUGAUGAAUUCAGUGAAGUUCCAGUGUGCAUUUUUAACGUCCCCAAGUCCCUAAUGAUUACAGACCCUGAUUCUUACGUGCCCCAAGAAGUCGCUUUGGGGCCUUACCAUUAUUGGCGUCCAGAACUCUACGAAAUGGACAGGUAUAAACUUGCCGCGGCAAAGAGAACUCAGAAACAACACCAAAACAUCAAAUUCCAGCACCUUGUUGAGCAUCUAAUAAAAUUGGAGUCUAGAAUUCGCUCCUGUUACCAUAAGUUCUUGAAUUUCAAUGGGGAAACUUUAGCCUGGAUGAUGGCUGUCGAUGCCUCUUUUUUGCUUGAGUUCUUUCAAAUUUAUGCCGUUAAAGAAGGUACGGUUCUAACAGGAGCAAUUUCUUCGUUGACUAUGUCACAUUUAGUUGAUGUUUCUGGGAGAAAAUCAGCACAUAAUGCUAUUCUUAGAGAUCUGGCAAUGUUAGAAAAUCAAAUCCCACUAUUUGUUUUGAGGAAAAUUUUGGAACUCCAGUUCUCAUCUUUAGAUUUGGCAGACAAUAUGCUAAUGUCUAUGCUAGUGGGAAUUUGUAAGGAACUAUCCCCUUUCAAAAUGGAGGAAAAAAUCAGAGAAAUUCAAGUCACAGAAUGUGCUCAUUUGUUGGACUUUUUGUACCAAAUGACCGUGCCCAAAUUGGAAUUAGGAACUUCCGAAAUAACAGAAGAUCGCGAUCAGGACCAAAUUGAUCUGGAUCAAUGUGAAAAGAAUUCCUUUGGAAAAUCAAGUAAUGUUAAACAAUUUGUGCACGAAGUUUGGAACAUACUUGUUAAAGUAAACAGAGGCCCGGUACGUCUUCUUAAACAAUUAAUACUUUCGAAACCUGUGAAAGUCUUGUUCAAGUUACCUUGGACACUUCUCUCUAAUAUUCCAGGGUUAAAACUAUUAACUUUGCCCAUGAAAUACCUAUGUUUCUCACAAGAAAAAGCAAAAGAGAAUCCUGAAAAUGAAAAUGAAAAUAAAAAUAGCCCACCUUUAGUGGAGGAAAUAGCCAUCCCUUCAGUAAGUGAACUUUCUAAAGCAGGGGUAAAUUUUGUAGCCACAAAUGGAGGAAUCACAAGCAUAAGUUACGACGGUAAAAACAUGACAUUUUAUUUACCAACUAUCAACCUAGACGUCAACACGGAGGUAAUUUUAAGAAAUUUAGUUGCAUAUGAAGCGUGUAACGCGUCAGGACCACUGGUUUUUACUCGUUACACCGAAUUAAUGAAUGGGAUUAUUGACACAAAAGAAGAUGUAGCAUUGCUUAGAGAAAGAGGGAUUGUGUUGAAUCGUUUGAAGAGCGACGAUGAAGUUGCGAAAUUGUGGAAUUCGAUGAGUAAAUCGGUGAAGUUAACAAAAGUCCAGUUGUUGGAUAAAGUGAUUGAGGAUGUUAACAAAUUUUACAAUGGAAGAUGGAGGGUGAAAAUUGGGAAACACAUGAAGAACUAUGUGUUUGAAUCAUGGCAGUUUCUCACAUUCUUGGCGGCGAUUAUGCUGUUGAUGUUGAUGACUUUGCAAGCAUUUUGUUCAGUGUAUAGUUGUGCUCGUGUAUUCCGUAUUCAAGGCUCUAGCCAGUAACAACAAAAAUAACAUAGCCAGUGUAAUACACAAAUAGGGUAAAAUGUACGGAUCCUCGAACUUUGAUGUAUGAAGAUUGAAGAAAUGAUGAAUUGAAGGAUGAUUUGUUGUUUAGUAUUAUACGAUUUAGGAUUCUUCUAUUGAUGAUUAUACUUUGAAUUGUGGGAGCAUGUUGAGUAUUUUAUUAUCUUGUAAUAUCGGGUUGUGCUUGUAACUUUGUUCUUAUUCAUUUUCAAAGUGUUCCCAUAACAAAAUUUUCAAGCAAACAAGUGUACAUCUAAAGUUCGUCAUCACACAAAUACAGAAGGAAAUACGUGAUGCUUUUGAAAUUAUGUAAUUAGAUGU